UUUGCAGUUUGCGAAUAUGCGUAUGUACUCCUCACCGUUGCUCAAUCGUUCAACAGGUUUCGGUUAUGGUGCGGACGGUGUGGACAACAGCGGUGCAUCUAUCAAAAAGUCCGUUGGUGAUAAUCAAGAGGACGCUGCAAAGCCUCCAGCUUUUUUAUUUGGUCAAAAACGACGAUCAGUGGCUCCGGCAACUCCUUCAUAUCUCAAUAAUCCGUAUGCUGGUCACACUGCUCCUUCGAACGACAUAUUUGCGUCACCUAUACCAAAUCAGCUCAGAGGAGAGGCUGCUGGCAGCAGUGGUAAGUCUGUCCAUUGGUCUCCAGCGCUAGUACAAGAACGUUCUCAUUCUCAAGAAAUAACGCGACCAGGUCUCAGACCACUCCCUAAUCAAGUCUCUGGAUCGUUCACUCCUUCAGGCACAUUAAGUCCAGCUCCUCCACUUCGUUCAAUGCGUGAUGAAAUCGAACCCGUGCGGAAGGCAUCCCGGCGGUCAAUGAAUAUUGUAUCUGAUUCGCCAUUUGUAAACGCCGAGUCUGCAAAAGCGCCUGAAACCUCACAGAAUGCUGCAGAUACUUGGGUCACUGUGUACGGUUUCCCUCCCGAGGAAGCUGCAAAUGUUCUCAAACAUUUUUCGCGACAUGGAGAGAUUGUUAGCCACCGUGUUCCAAGCCGAGGGAACUGGAUGCACAUUCGGUAUUCCUGCGCCGUGCAUGCUCGGCAAGCACUUUCACGGAAUGCAAGCCUUAUUGAUAGUGCACUACGAGUUGGUGUUAUACCAUGCACUGAGAAGGAGAUUGUUGGCGUCGACGUACCCCAAACACCAGUGCUCAAUCGUAGUAUCGCUGAGCACUCAGUUAAUGGAGAAGGACCUCAGGAAAUACCUUCUAUCACGCCAACGCGAGAAACUCCGAUUUUGGACGAUUCGAUGAACCGAUCAAGACUUUCGACAGCUUCCAGAGCGGGAAUGAGGUCAUUAACUGUUUCUUAUGAUAACCAUCAGGAUCAGAGGAAUCCCCAGCCGGUGAAACACGACUCAUUGAUGAAUAAGCUAUGGACCGCCGUAGGACUCUGACUUCUGUUACAACCUACCUACCCUUCACAUCAAUUUAUGCUGCUCAUUACUUGUUGAAACAUUAACUGAAAUUGUAUUUGAUCUGUUGAUAUCGUUCUUUCGUAGUAAGGUAGCUGACAUUCCUAAACGGUUGAAUCUUAUCUAUUUUGUGCUACAAACCUCAUGUGAUUACUUGAAUAUUUUUGGUAUAUGUUUAUAAACAGGUACUUAU